GCUAUCUGGUAACGAUCCUUACAAAUUCCUCUUCUCUCGGGCAUUAUGAAAGUGCAAUAAAAGACAAUAAAGAAGUGGGUUCAACCACCAGGGACAGUGUUUGCAAAGAGGUUUAGACAUGCCGAAUAUCCCGAGACCGCUAAGGGCAACUAAUAAAUAUAGCUUCAUACUAAACUCCUCUACUAGCAUGUCCAUUAAAGUCUCAUAUUCAGCCGUCGGAAUCCGAUGCAGCUUGCCAUCUUCCGUUGGUCUGUUCUCAUUUUCCGUACAAUGACAACUUGCAGAGCGAUGUUUUUGCUAGCAUGUUGCAAUUUCCUGGAAGAAUGAUUCUGCAUGGUGUGAUCUAGCAAGACUGGAUAUGAGGAGAUACAGUAUGGAGCAAAAAAAGAUAAAUACUCCCACUGGACCUCCUGAAUAUUCUCCAUCAUCUCAAUCACCACAGCUCUCUGGUAUCCACAGUUUUAUCAGACAUCCAAGGUCCAACAGCAAUCCACUUUUCUAUCAAAAUGAAGUUCACUAUUGCUCUUGCUACUGCAAUCCUUGCUGGCACCAGCUUGGCUGCCCCUGAGCGCGGCCUCGCAGCUCGUGUCAAGGCUCGUGCGGCUGCUGCUCGCGGUUCUCGCCCUCUUCAGGCUGUUCAGAAGCCAGCAGACGUGACAAACAAAACAAAUGUUCAGUACAGUUCCAACUGGUCCGGUGCUGUCCAGGAGAACCCUCCCUCUGCCGCUGCCACCUACACCGCAGUGACUGGCACCUUCACGGUCCCUCAACCCACUGGUGGAUCCGGUAGCUCUUCCGCCUCGGCCUGGGUUGGUAUCGAUGGCGACACCUACAGCUCGGCCAUCCUCCAGACCGGCGUCGACUUUACUGUGACGAAUGGCCAGGCCUCCUUUGAUGCGUGGUACGAGUGGCUGCCCGACUACGCUUAUGACUUCAGCGGCAUCGACAUCAAAGCGGGCGAUGAGAUUGUGGCCAUCGUCGAGUCGUACUCCUCCACCAGUGGAGUUGCCAUUAUCGAAAACCUAAGCACUGGCCAGAAGGUGUCUAAGGAUCUUAGCUCCUCUUCGCCCCUUGGCGGAAUCAAUGCUGAGUGGAUUGUCGAAGAUUUCGAGGAAAACGGCUCCUUGGUUAACCUGGUUGACUUUGGCACCGUUACCUUCACUGGUGCCGAAGCAAAGGCUGCCGGUGGCCAGACGGUCGGUCUCACUGGUGCUACCGUCAUUGACAUCGUUCAGGGUAGUACGGUUGUGACCGAUGUGACCAUUGACAGCGACUCUGAGGUUACCAUUCGCUAUGUUUAAGGCAUAGGGAUUGACUUGACCUGCCGAGAGCUUGUGAGCUGUUGUUCUGCAAUCAUACCGUCACUUUAACAUUGAACAUGUUGGAGUGUGGUUGAGGAGCUGGAAGAAUAGAGGCGACACUGAGAUGGAGAGAUGCAGGUAGGGCUAGCUAUUCUAUCGGGAAUUCUUGAAUUUGGGUCAGUUGCUGGGUCGACAGUUUAGCCUGAGAUAGCUCAUAAUUCAAGACGAUUGAUUCCUCCUCUAUCCUUCGCUAUAUAUGCCUUGGCUCUCUUGCUAGAAGACACAGUUACAUAAGAGUAUCUUCGUU